AUGGAUAUAAACAGAACAAUCUCUGCCUCUUCCAGUCGAUCAAUCAAGCUCCUGUGUGUCGGAAACGUUCGUGAUGAUGAUCCCUGUCCACCUUGUGAUUGUCAAGACGCAAUAAGCGUGGAAAGGACUACCUGGACCGACGAUAAUGUAGCUCACAGGUUUUGGAACUGCAAAAACUCUUUGGCAGCUGAAGGUCUGAAAUGCAAGUUCUUUAUGUGGAAAGACAAAGAAAUGGAGGUGGGUUACUACAAAGAACAGCUUCGCAAGAUGAGGUUUGAGCUGAAAAGGAAAGAAGAGUUUAGUGAAGUUUCAAAGGUUCAAAAGAAGUUGGUUAAGCUGCAGCAAGCUAUGGAAGCAGAUAAGCAAGUGUUUGAGACACAUUUGAUGGAGUUGACGAAGCAAAACAGAAUGUUGAAGUGUGGGAUCUUUGUUAUGGUAAUUGUAGUCAUUACCAUGUGGUUGAAAUGGACUUGA